UGAAGGUUAUACCUACUCGAGAUAAUUGUGCGAUGGACGACAGCCAAAUGGAAAGUUAUACCUGCUCGUAUACAGUAUUGAUAAUUCUAAUCUAUCCACAUUUAAAAACCUAUAUCUUAAUCAGUGCUCGGUAUAAAACAACGAUCCGGUGCACCUGUCGCCAUAUUUCACCAUGUUGUCGAAGCUCAUCCUGCUCACCUGCCUUUUGGCUGUUGCCCGCGCAACUCGGCCACAGCUCGGCCUGCGUAUGCCGGACUUCAAUGACGCGAUCGCCAGUCGUAUCGUCGGAGGCAACCCUGCCAAUCGAGGUGAGUUCCCGCACCAGGACUCGCUUCAGUCGGACCUGCCACCCACUGUCCCUCUGAAGUAUCCUCAACGAACGCUGGAUCCUGACCGCAGCUCACUGUCCCACUUCUUUACCAUACGGCGAUCUCACUGUCAAAGCCGGUAAGCUCCUGAUCAACUAUUGGGAGACCAGCGAGCAGACGUCCAGUGUGCAACGGGCUUUCAUUCACAAUCAGUUCCCAGGAAAUGUCGCUCCCAACGACAUAGCUUUGCUCAAGCUGGCGACUCCUCUUUGUUCAACAACUACGUCCAACCGAUCGGUCUGUCCAAAGCCAAGAGCAUCCCCGAAGGUUAUUCGACCCUCUCCGGUUGGGAUUCGAUCCCAUCAUGCUGAGUAGCCUCCAGAAGAUAAAUCUCCCGCUUAUCGAUCUGAACACCUGCAGGUGGGCGAUCGAGAAGCUCGACGGUCCCUCUUCACUGCGACAGACCAACAUCUGUACUGGCCCACUGACUGGUGGAUACUCUACCUGCAGCGGUGACUCAGGUGGCCCAUUGAUUCAGAAAAACGCCCAGGGUAACCGGGAAGUCAUUGGAAUAGUUUCAUGGGGCAUCGUUCCGUGCGGAACGGCUGGAGCACCUCGGCGUAUAUUGAUUGGAUCAAAUUGGUCAUUGCUGAAAAUUCGUAGACAGAAGGCGAAGAAACAGUCUCGAUGUAAAUUUCGUCGAUUUUCCUAAAAAUAUAUGAAAUUUCGUUACUAUGCAUAAAAACGUCUGUUUUUUGAUCGAUGGAGGUUGUAUAAUGGAAGCGAGAAAACUACUGCGAAAGCCCGCGUAAGAGGUAUGACGCGCCAGUGUGGAUUUGAAAAGUAGACGACUGCAAAGCUAGACAAGUCAGCGGAAAAGUCAGAAAGGAAGAGCGAGUCGACUUUGUUACAUCAAAAUUCCAGCACAAUCGUAAAUAAAGUGCAACCUAUGCGCGCGGAAACUCAGUCAGAGCGCGAUUCCCCGAAAUGAAUUAAUUAAGCCAGCAUUCGAGUAGUUGAACAAUCGGCUCGCGAUGACUGUUAGAGCGAUUUUCUUCAUUUGUCCUAGUCGCUGACGAAACAAGAGCGAAUAACGAGCGUAAGAUCGGUAUACAGUUGCUAAUGGCAGUAAGCGACGACGACAACAACAGGCUCCCGAGCAAAAAGGAAUACAGCUGGUCUUGCUUAACGAUUCAGUCUAUCGUCGAUCGCCGAACCGACGAGUCCACCUGCCGUUCUGUCAUAGUAGUAUUGAGCAGCCAGCAGUGCGUAUAUCUGAUCAGGAACCAUUUCGCGAGAGAUCGCAUCCCUUUUUCCGCGUCCGCGUAACGCGCUAAGGAGAUUGCCGACAGCUGAAAAAGUUCGCGCGGCAUUCGCGCGCUCGGUGCGAGAGCACUACUUCGUUUGCGCUGUACCUUGGAAGAUCAGAGAUUCGGAAGAAUGUUAAAGAUACUGUGCUUGGUGCUUUGUGCUCUUGUGAUCGAAUUUCCACGGAACGAUGGUGCGGUCGCGGAGCUGGCCUUGCUCGCCGAGCGACCGACUCGCAUCGUCGGCGGCGAGGACGCGGAGAAGGGCCGUCACCCUUGGCAGGUCUCGCUUCACUGGUUCAACAAGAAACGCGGCAUAAAGCCGCGACACGUGUGCGGAGGUACCCUGCUGACAGCCGGCUGGGUUCUCACCGCUGGACACUGUAAGACCCUGUCGCCCAAGAGACCAGGCGGCCAGUACCUCAUUUACGCGGGAAAACAUCAGCUGGGCACCGAAGAGGACACCGAGCAGAAGAGGCUGGUCGAGGAAACCUUCGUCUAUCCGGAGUACAAGGGAUCCGUCGGUCCCUACGACAUAGCCCUCAUGAAGCUGGAGGAGCCCUUCGAACUCAACGAGUACGUCUCGACCGCGUCUCUGCCAUAUCCCGAGGAGAGCCACCACGGAAACGCGAUGUUGACAGGCUGGGGAAGCAUCAGUCGAACGCGAAGACCCGAGGCUCCGGAGGUCCUGCAAGCGGCGACUCUGCCUCUGCUCGACUUCCACGAGUGCAAGGAAGCGCUGGACAACCGUCUGAAGAAGGAGGGACGAAACCCACUGCACCCCACCAACAUCUGCACGGGGCCACUCGAUGGCUCGCAGUCGGCGUGCAAGGGCGACUCCGGAGGACCUCUGGUGAUAACGAAUUCCUUCGACAUGGUCGAGGUGAUCGGUGUCGUGUCCUGGGGUCUCUUCCCCUGUGGCGGUAGAAACGCUCCGUCCGUCUACACAAGGGUCUCCGCCUUCGUCGAGUGGAUCCACAUGAUCAUGCUGAACCACUGAUCCAUGCCGUGAUCGGCUGAUAUACUUAUUAUUAUUACGAUAGGAAAAGUGUUGUGCGAUUUUGUGAUAAAAUGCGAAAGCGCCCGUGUACAUAGCAUACUUAAAAUAACGAAAUAAAGAUUAAACCUUAUUAUUUGUUACAAAAAUA